GUGGAGUGAGACUCGGACUCAGUCACAUCAAGAUUCUGGAGGCAUUUACAUGUUCUGCAUCUCCUCAUUGGUGGACCAUCAUUGCUUAUGGGCAUUGAGGAGGAGAACAACAUGAGGAGAACAAUUGGAAAAAGCAGGCAUAUGGUGUCUUUCUCGACCUGUGCCAAAGGUUUCUUAAGGAGAGGCUACAGUACUUCAGGACAUUCUGUCUCUGCUAGUAUCUGUAUUCUGUAUGUGCAGUGCAAAUGGGAGAAAUUAGAUUUCAUACAGUAGAGUGAGUGUGUGUGAGAGAGUGUGUACGUGUCUUCAUGUCUGAUAGUCUCCUCACACGUUUCUCAAUCAGAUUACUCUCCUUCUCUGUCUGCUGCUCUGUGUGUUGCCCAGUGCUGCAGCUCCUGUUGCACCUCCGCCCCAUCGUCUGCCUCUCCCAUACCGCCUGGGAGACUGUACUACAUACACACAUACACACACACACACACACUCCCCAACAAGUGUGUGGGAGUGUGAGGAGGCAUUGGUGCUCUGGCCACAAACAGGCAGGGUGCAUACUGUAGCUCAGACGGCACAGAGAGCAAUGGUGGCUGAUUCAGCUACUGAAUGAUAGAUAGAAAAGAAAAGAGGGACAACGGGAGUGACAGCAUCUCUAUGUGUGCUUGGCUGUGAGUGUGUGUGUGUGUGUGUACAUCAGGCUGUCUGUGCCCCAGCAGGCAGCAGCUCACAGGUCAUCAAUGGAACUGUCAGAUGAUCCAAGGUCGAUGGGGCAAGAGGAGGCUCCCACAGCACCCCUGCCCUGUGUGUCCCAAAUGAAAAGCAGCAGCUACAGUGCUGUCCAGCAGCAGGGCUACUCUGCAUCCAUCUUUCUCCGACGCAGAGACAAGCUGGAACAGACCCAGCAGAAGUGCAUUGCCAUCUUCGCCCUUCUCUGCUGCUUUGCUGUGCUGGUGGCGCUGAUCUUCUCAUCAGUGGACAUUUGGGGGGACGAUGAGGACGGUAUCACAGAGGAAAACUGUAGCAGAGACUGCCGCAUCGAGCUUGUGGAGAAUAUUCCAGACGACCUCUCUCUUCCCGUGGAUGUCAGACCCCACCUCUCUCUCUCUGUUGGCUUUCACACACUGUUGGACCAGGCAAAGCACUCAGUUGAGGUGGUGUCACCUGUCUGGGCCUUAAACCCCUGGGACCCGGAAACAACGCCAAGCACUGCCAAACAGGGUCAGCUUUUGUUCCAGAGACUGCUCAGUCUGAAAUCUCGUGGGGUUAAACUGAAGAUUGCCAGCAGUCUGACUAACUCUGCUGAACUGAAGACCUUGGCAGCACACAAUGCAGAGGUUCAUUUUGUUAAUAUGACAGCUCUUACCAGAGGACGACUACAUUCCUCAUUCUGGAUAGUGGAUCGGAAGCAUAUUUACAUCGGGAGUGCUGAUAUGGAUUGGAGGUCGCUCUCCAAGAGGAAAGAACUGGGCUUGGUGGUAUAUAACUGCAGCUGUCUGGCUCUGGACCUCCACCGAGUCUUUUCAUUUUACUGGCAGCUCCAUGAGAGGGACUACAUCCCCUCCAUCUGGUCAAAGAGAGUUACAGCCCUCUACGGGAGACAUGACGCCCUGGAGCUACAACUGAACACCACCCAGGCCACUGCAUAUGUCUCUACCUCUCCUGAAGUCUUCUGCUCUAAAGAUCGCACCAGAGAUGUAGACGCCAUCUAUCAAGUCAUCCAGAGUGCAAAGACAUUUAUCUUCAUAUCCGUGACAGACUACCUCCCUCUGGUGAACAGGAGUUUCAGAGGAACCUCAGUCACAAGGUACUGGUCACCUAUUGAUGAGGUGAUCAGAGAGGCUGUGGUACUGAGAGGAGUCAGAGUUCGCCUGCUGAUAAGUUUCUGGAAGAAGACUCACCCCCUCACCUUUAACUUUGUCACCUCCCUCAAGUCGCUCUGCAUGCAGCUGCGCAACUGUUCAUUAGAGGUGAGGUUUUUUAGUCACAAGGAGAAAGAGGAUGACAUUCAACAUGGACUCAACCACAACAAGUACAUGGUGACCGACAAUGCUGUCUACAUUGGUAACCAUGACUGGGUUGGGAGUGACUUUGCCAUUAAUGCAGGAGUUGGACUGGUGGUCAAGAUGAAAAAUAAUCUUAAAGAGAGUGGAGUGACAGUCCUGGAACACGUCAAGGCUGCUUUUGAAAGAGACUGGAGGUCACGUUACGCUAAGAGCCUAAAAGGAAACAAAGAUCAACAGGGCACAUACAGAAACCUGCAACAAGCCAAAAUUCAUAUGGAGACUAAGGAGGAGAAUGAGUGGAAGAACCCUUUAUCUUGAUAAGCACAGAAUGUCUUUCUAUAUCCUAAAGCAUCAUAAGGCUGAAUAUUUUACAAGACAUGUACGCAGUAUGAGAAUGUGACUUACACUAUUAGACUUGACUUUUAUUUUGUGACGUUAUUUUAAUAGAUUCAAUUGCAGUCAAUAAAGACAAUGUUGAGGUUAUAAUUUGACUCACUGCAGUUGCAAGUUACAGUCAUAGUAUCUAACCACUUUACAACAAUUAAUUGUUGACUGUUAUAUGGGCAUGCUAUGCUGCAUGAAUAUUGAAAGCAAUAUUCAAAUGCAAACUACAUACUAAGACAAGCAAUAUGCUGAUUAUAAAAUCAAUAUGCUCUAUGUGAAAUGUAUUUAAUUCCAUAAACAUAUCCCAUCAAAUGCACCAAAACAAAUCACAUUUAGUAUUUAAUGAUGAUGCACAAUUUUUGUUUGCAGUUUUAAUUUGUGUUUUAUAAACUUUUUAAUACUUUUGGAUUUGCAUAGCACUUAGUACUUUAAUGCUAUAUUGCCUGCAGUUGUAAUAAAGAUGAAACACUUGGAUUAUAUUUUAUGUCAAAUAACAGUACAAACUACUGUUUCCUCUUUUAAUACAAGUGGACUAUAUACUGUAUAUUUGGCUGUUGACUGAGGGAAAACAUCUCACAUCUGGCAUUUAGAUUCAUCAAAUGUAUUAAGAUUGAAAUUUAGAACAUGCUUAUCAUUUUUUCAAAGAAAUCAUUUAGUCAUUUAAAAUUUUGCAUUAUUAUUGUUAUAGACAGUGAAUGCAUUUGCAAAAAAGUACAGCUAUUUAAAACAACACUUUUUACACACUAUUAAAGAAUAACGACUCUACAACUCUAGCUUUAUAUAACUAAUAAUCUAUAUUGAUAGACUAAACUAAUAAUAAUCUAUAUUGAUAUAAUUACAUUUUUGUGGUGCUGUUGAAUUUUACUACGUUACACUGGCAGAUGUUUUUAUUAUUGUGUCCACCCCGUUUAUAUCAAUGAGGGCAAGCUAAAUAACAGAAACACCUCUCUGUUUAACGCAACACUUCAACAGCACCACAAAAGAAUAUAACUUUGUACAUUAUUAGUAUACUGUCAUCACAGUGUAGUAUUACAAGGUUUUUUUACAGUCUAACAGACAUCUAUGACAUAUUUACAGAUUUGCUUCCAGUCUUUAACACAGGGUGGUGCCAUAGCACCAUUACAACCUUUGGCAGCCAAAGUUUGGAUAAAGUACACCCUUUUAAAUUCAGUUGAGCAGGCUGAACAGGUUCUCUGAGCUGAACCAAAUCUUUUUGUGUAAUAUCAUAUUAGGCUACAUUAUACAGUAAGGUAUUCAUGUUGGGGGAAUAUACUUGGAAAUGAAACUUUGUUUGUAGUUGUUUAUUCGGUGAAAUGUGGCAACAUUUUAAAAUAGUUAAUUAAAAUAAAGAUGUGGUCGUAUAUCCUA